AUGUGCGGUGUUUACUGUCAUAUUGUCAGCACGUUCAACAGAGUCAUAUUUCGAGAAAAUUUUUUACGAAGACGAAAUUGCCUCAGAAGAAGAGCAGGAGGCUCACGGUGGGCAGCAAGAAUAUUCGUUGUUAUGGAUGGUUAUGAUGUUAUUGUAGUUGGAGCCGGAAUAUUCGGUUCAUGUACGGCGUAUCAUUGCCAGAAAAGAGGUCUAAGGACGAUUCUUAUUGAACAGUUCAACCUCGGUCACAAAAAUGGAAGCUCUCAUGGAAUGUCGCGAAUUAUUCGGUAUGCCCAUACUGAACCUGAGUACGUACCUCUUGUUCGUGAUGCUUAUCAGCAGAUAGCAGCUCUGGAACGGAAGAUUGGUGAGAGUUUGUGGAAGCGGACAGGACUUUUGUGGGUAUCGAAGCCCGAAGAGAUAACAUCCAUAUCAAAGAUACUGCACGACUUCAACAUUGAGCAUGAGACUAUAUCUGGAGAGGAGGUUGGCUUCCGUUAUCCACAAUUCUCCUUUGGCAACAACUGGGCGGCUCUAAUCGAUCCAGAAGGAGGUGUACUGUAUGCGGAUAAAUGGCUACGCACUUUUCAGGACGAGUUUAUUAGUCUUGGAGGAACGAUACUAGAAAAUGAGGAAGUGCUCUCUUACUCUGAAACCGACGACAUUGUUAAAGUCACCACAUCAAAAUGCGUAUUCCAUUCCAAAAAAGUUAUAUUUACCGUAGGACCAUGGCUUAGGAGACUCUUUCCCGAUCUUCCGCUACAAAUUCAGCCGGAGUCCAUAGCAGUUUGUUACUGGAAAGCUGCUCGUAGCGAAGACGCUGCACUACUUGAAGGCGGCAAAUUCCCCGUUUUCAUAGCUCACAGCGACGGCGGCUUACCAUUUGGUUUUUAUGGCUUGCCUGCAGUAGAUUAUGCAGGUUGCGCAAAGAUUUGUUUCCACAGUGGUGAGCAUAUCGAUGGUCCAACUCAUCCGGAGAAUGUCUGUCAGGAGUUCAUUGACCACCCUGCCGAAUUCAUACGAGAACACAUGCCAAUUCUUGAUUCUAGUGCUCCAGCUCAAAUUGAUAGAUGCAAAUAUACGGUAUCUGAGGACAAUCACUAUGUGAUUGGGCAUUACCAGGAAGCUAAAAACGUGUUAAUUGGCGGCGGAUGUUCCGGAAGCGGAUUCAAAGUUGCUCCUGGGAUCGGAAGAGCACUAUCGCAAAUGGCUGCCAAUGAGAAACCAUCUAUCGACAUCUCGUUUUUCUCUUUUGAUAGAUUUCAAAAAUCUAAGCAACAACUGGUUUGA